AUUAGCGAGUUGUAAGUCCUGUCUCUUAAAUACAUUAUAGAUAUAACUUAUUUCUUGGUCAUACGAUUGAUAGAUUUAAUUAUAGUCAAUCAAUAUGUACGUUUCGUUGUGCAUAUCAUAUUGAUGAUAUGUUUACUACGUUCUAGCGACUUACUGGCCCACUUUGUAAGAAGAUAAUUGAAAUAUAAGCAGUGCAACCAAAAGCUCCCGUAAUAAAAUUAUGACACCAAGUCAAUUCAUACUCAUAAUUUUAUUACUGGAGUUAGACAUGAAUAGAAAAUAUAUAUACAGAAAUAGUGUUCUACUUCACACCGGCACACAUACUUUAUUUAUGCAAUUAAAUGAGAUAUUUAAUCAACUUCCUCUUAGUUUGUUAGAGUUGCUGUUUAUAUAAUAUAUAGUUUUGAAGGAACUCCUUAAUAAGACAAGUGUACGUAAAAAACAUGAAAACUGCAGUGACUGUACUUCAGGAAAUGAUGGUGAAACUUGGCCUAACUCCAGAAUAUGAAUGUAUAUCUCAGUCUGGACCAAAGCACCAGGCCUUGUUUGAAUACCGCUGCAAUGCCUUAGGUGUUGUGGUAACAGCCUCUGCACGCUCUAAGAAAGAAGCGAAGCAAGAGGUAGCACGCAUCAUGCUGCAGCAGCUGUCUGCGAGGGGUCAUCCUGUGCCGCCACCUUAUAGUGUCCCCAUCGCCAUGCAGGAAGACUCACCGUUUUCAGCCGGCGGUCCAGGCGAUACGCGUAGCUACGUGGCGCUGCUGCGCGAGCUGUGCGAGGAGUACCGGCUGACGGGCGUGACGUACGAGCUGGUGGGCGACACGGGCCCGCCGCACCUGCGCCACUUCACAGUCCGCGCGCGCAUCGGCCAGCACGAGCGCUUCGCCACCGCCACUACCAAGAAGAUGGCGCGUCAGAUGGCGGCCGAGAAACUUUAUACGUACCUGAGGGAGAACCUGGCUAGGGUUACAAGGGAUUUCAAUGAGGAGGACGCUCUGGUGCGCGCGCACGAGAAGGCUAUGGAACGCUACCACGAAAACGAGGAGGCGCCGCGCCGCCCCGACCUCGGCCUGCGGGUCGCCGACUACCACAUCGGGCUGGCCGCGCUGCUCGGUCGCCCCAGCUACACGGAGGCCUAUCGGGACUCAACCAUGUCCAUAGACGAGGACACGCGAUCGCUAGCUCGCUCGGCGCUGGAGCAGGGCCGCUCGCAGUCGCCGACACGCGCUCUGCAGGCCGUGGCCGAGACACUGGGCUUGGAGCUUCAGGCCAGCUGCCUAGAACGCGAGGGCGAGGCCCCGCUGUGCGUACUGCAGGUCACGGGCUGCUCGCCCGAGCUGGCCUUCGCGGAGCCCACAGCGGCCGCGGCCGCCGGCGCCGCGAUGGACUACGUGCGCCGCGCGCUGACCGAGCUCUGCCAGUGACGAUAGAUGGGAGUCAUCAUGUGAGCGUUGGACCAUGAACCCACCGGGUUUAGGCUGCAGAUUAGAGACGCCUUGCGUUUCACGUGAUCGUAGCUUUCUCAUUCUAAUGUCAAAGUUACAUGUGUUAUUAAUUAGAAAAAGAUAAGUUAAAAAAAGUAAACAGUAAAAUUGACGUUAAGAUUAUUAACUACCUAUACUAGGAAUAUGGAAUCCUAAGCUCACCAGGGUUUACUAUCCAUCACACACCAUGUUAAAACUGUUUCAAGUAAACAAGUCAAAUAUACUUACAUCAUUUAUUAACUAUGUUAUAUCUUAAGAAUUAAGUUAAAAUAAAAAGCUUUAAAUGA